UUGUUCGUUUUGUCAUUUUGUCAUUUUACUUACAACAGUAAAGUUACAAUGAUGGUUCAUCUAUCAGUGAAUAAAAUAAUAAAGUGUUUAAAAAUUUUAAAAAGAACUUAUUCAUCUUCUAUGCCAAAAUGUGAUUUUGUACCUGAGAAAUAUACGGGCCCAUCGUUAGAAAAAAUGACACAAAUAAGGAAAACAAGGUUGAACCCAGCAUUGACUACUUAUUACGAAAACCCUUUAGCCUUCCACCAAGGGCAUAUGCAGUGGUUAUUUGAUUUAAACGGAAAAAGAUAUCUUGAUAUGUUUGGAGGAAUUUGCACAGUUUCUGUAGGCCAUAGUCAUCCAAAAAUAACCGAAGUUCUACAUAAACAAAUACAGAAAUUAACGCAUGUGUCAAACGUUUAUUAUCAUCCAAAAAUCCACGAAUACGCUAUGCGUUUAACUAAUAAAUUUCCAGGGGAUUUAAAGGUGGUUUAUUUUGUCAACAGUGGUUCCGAAGCAAAUGAUUUGGCUGUUCUCAUGGCUCGAAGUUAUACAAAAAAUUUUGAUAUUGUAACUCUCAAAAAUGCUUACCAUGGAAUGACUUAUCAAACAAUGGGACUAACUUCCAAUACUGGGUACAAGUACAAAGUGCCCCAAGCACCAGGAAUUCACACUAUCAUGAAUCCAGAUGUUUAUAGGGGCAUUUGGGGCGGCACCCACUGUCGUGAUAGCCCCAUCCAGACUUCAAGAUCUUGUUCCUGUUCGAUAGAUGAUUGUGAUGCAAAGGAUAAAUAUCUUGACCAACUUCGAGACGUGUUCAAGUACAAUAUUAAACCAGGGGCUUUAGCGGCUUUUUUUGCCGAGUCAAUCCAAGGGGUUGGAGGGACGGUUCAGUUUCCUAAAGGAUAUAUUAAAGGAGCUUAUGAUAUAGUCAAAGAACACGGAGGGCUCUUUAUCUCAGAUGAGGUACAAACUGGAUUUGGUCGUACAGGGGACCAUUUCUGGGGCUUCGAAAUGCACGGAAUUGAACCCGACAUUGUAACAAUGGCCAAAAGUAUCGGAAAUGGUUUUCCCCUAGCUGCAGUAGUGACACGACCUGAAAUAGCACAAGCCCUUGCCAGUUCUAUGCAUUUUAACACUUUUGGGGGGAAUCCCUUGGCGUGUACAGUUGGCAUUACGGUUCUGGAUAUAAUUGAGGAAGAAAAAUUGCAAAAAAAUUGUCUUGAGAUUGGAACUUACCUUCUCAAAGAAUUGGAGAAAUUAAAAGCGAAACAUUCUGUAAUUGGAGAUGUUCGGGGAAAGGGUUUAAUGUUGGGGGUUGAACUUGUGGAAAAUGAUAAAAAUGCCACUCCUUUAGCGAGUAAGAGAUUUAUGAAAAUGUGGGAAAAAACACGUGAUUUGGGUUUAAUUAUCGGAAAAGGUGGACUUUUUGGAAAUGUGAUAAGAAUUAAGCCACCAAUGUGCAUUACUAAGGAGGACGCCGAUUUUACUGUGCAAGUUUUGGACAAAGCGUUUGAAGAAUUGAAAUAACUCGCAAAUAAAUCACAAGUAAAUUGUAUUUUGUCUGAAA